AUGCGACCGUUCGUGCUCCUCUGCUUGUUGGUGAUAGCGGCGAUGACGUCAUUCGUCGACGCGUUUCCGGGUCUUCAGACGCAGUCGCGGUACCGCAAGAGUCAGCCACGUGAGUGACGUCAUUUCUUAAGUUAUAAAGUCAAAAGCUGGCGUCAUAAAAAAUAGUAAUGACUCUAGCUUGUAAAUAUCUAUCAGAGAUAAAUCAUCCAUAAAUCAUACAUGAUUUUUUAAACGGUUUUUUUUUCUAAUGACAUCAUAUUUUUUCGACGACAAAUAGUCAGAAAUUGACGUAAUAUAUGAACUUCUUUAUUCUUGAGCUCAUCCUUACGAGAAAUUCAAAAAAAAAAAGUUUCGAGGAUUUGCUUUUUCAUUCACGUGAAAGCGGCUUGAAUUCGAUUUUCAGUUAAAAUGAGAAAGUUCUAGAAUUUGAAAAAUACUGUAAUUUUUGCGCAGGGCUUGUUAGAAUAAAAAAUCCUUACUUAUCCACCAACUUUCUGAAAAAAUCGACACAUAUUUUCGCGCUUCAUUUUUUCAAUCUCAAUUUUUUUUGCUUGCUGGUGCUUCAAACUUAUUUUUCUUUAGAAGCGCUUAAUUUUUCUGAAAAAUUCUUGACCCUUUAAAAUUUGUGAUAGACUAGCUGCCACACAGGGAAGUUCUAUUUACAAAAAAACUCAUUUCAUCAUAAAAUUUGACAAAAAGAAAAAAAGUAUUUUGUUAAAAAAAGAAGGUACAAAACUCAAAAAGUUUACUAGUUUGUACUUACAAAUAAGUUAUCAAGUCUGUCCGAAAAAUUCUCACUAAAAAUUAUUACAGCAGAUAAAAAUAAAUUUCAAAAAGGUCUCGAGGCGAAGAGCGAGUUAUACCAUAAGCUUAGUCCUUUCGGCCUCUAGAAACUCUUUUUGAACUUCUUGAAUUCUUAAGCUACAUUUAUCAAUAGUAUCCGAAAACCAGCUUGAAGAAUUAUUUUCUUUCACUCCUUUUCGAAUGUGAACCGCCCAAAAUCAUCAUUGUUUCAAGCGAAAAAGGUUAUGAAAGCACCCACGAAAAACUACUCCUUAUUCGGAAAAUAAUCACCGUUUUUUUUUUCGAAAUUCUGAAUUUAUUUACAGAAGACGCCAACAUUCAGCCGUUCAUUCGGUUCCGCAAAUCGCUGCGUCCCGUUUCCUGGAACAACGACGAGAUUUUAUACGAAGCGUCGCAAUUUUAA